AUGUAUGGCAAGCCUGUCCGCCACAUCGGCGACGGCUACGUCGAUAACGUUACACCAGAAACCGUGAAGGAGGACAUACUCCUCCUGCUCGACGACAUCCACGGCUUCUACAAGGCGGCGCUCGAUCGGCUGCCUGUAAAGAGGAUGCCCGCGCUGGCUCCCUGCCUUCUCAAGGCCGGCGUGUGCUUCGGCUUCCUCGACCCAGUCUCCAACAUCAUGCUCAACACCAUCGCCUACUCGCAGCGGUUGCCCAGCACCGAGAGUCAAGAAGGGGCCACUAGAAAGUCGAUCUUCUCCAAGAUCUCCACUGACACUCAGGAUCGCAGAAUUUUCCGGAUACCGCUGCCCGGACACAUGGCGGGCGGCAUGACCAUCGCGCGGCUGUCGCUGGAAGGUCUGGUCAGCUUCCUCCUGUUCCACUUCCGCUACCUCGCGGAGACGGAAGCCCUGCGCUACCUGCGCCUGGCCAGGGCCGACCUUGUCGCCGCCGUGCAUCUCAUCAACCAAGAUCGUAACAAGUCGUGUUCGGCGUCUGGCAUUGCCAAGAUUCACAACAGGCCCGCGUUCGACAUUACAUCUCCUACCUCCAAGGUUGCCCUGGAGUGUGCCGCUGCCUCUGCGAGGCACCCUGAACCAGCCAUCCUGGUGAACGCGUCGCUGUCGGCGGUGUCUCGGCUGAGCAAGGUCUCUAGCCUUUUGCAGGUGCAUCGCCUGCCCCCUCGAACUAUAAGGCGCCUGGAGCUGUUGCUCAGGCGAGAGCCUAAAGUUAUGGAUCAAAUGGCCAUAAGGCGUCCGCUGAAUCUUGCUGGGUCACGUCUCCGUGAUGGAAAGGAGGAGAAGAGGGAUCUUGCUGGUUCACCUCUCCAUGAUGGAAAUGAGAAGAAGAGAAAGAGGGUCGAGCCGCCUUAUGGGGACACAGGAUCUAUGGUGAGCGUUGCACAUGGGAAGGUAGAGAUCGAUGUGACUGUGACAUAUAGAUAUACAGAGUCUCUUAAGCUGUUGCUUCUCGACAAGAUCCACCUGCUCUACCUAGAUGCACUUUCUAAGUUUCCUAGGGAUAGCUUGCGCAAACAUCACCAUUGCAACCUUCUCAGGGCUGGUUAUUGCUAUGGUCUAAUGGAACCUGUCUCCAACAUCAUUUUCAACACCAUCUGGUAUGACUCUGUAAUCUCCACGCAGCAUGAGUAUGCGCUUGACUUUGAGGUGGACAUGAUAUGCACCAAUGCCCUUAUGCGAAUCGAGUGCUGCUCCCUCUAUGGCCUUAUCGCCUUCCUCCGUCGCCUCUUCCACCAUCUGACUGAGCAUGAUGCUAUCAAGUUCCUGCUCAAGAGCAAUGCUGAUGUUUGGUCAGCCAUCGACAUAGCAGAGCAACAUGGUCAUCAUAUGUCUGAUGUGUACCUCAAUGCCUUUAGGGAAGCAGCUGUUAAUUCAUGGCACCCUCUCCCUAAAGCACUGGAGAAAUUCAUCCUGUCAGCCCUGAACAUGAAUUCGACUGAGUUGUCAACGAUGCUGACCCAUGCAGUCAAGAACUGCAGAUUUGAGGGACUUGCCAUGUCUGUGUCACCUAAAUCUUCACCUACCAAGUCAGAUGAGCAGGUUCAACAACUGGACAAGUUGGCCUCGAGCUCGGAGUUCUUAUCUGAAAACCAAAAAAUGUUCAUUUCAGAGAUUCAGAAAAAAUUUAAGGCUGACCAAAAUUUCUAUGUCAGGAAGGUCAAAGCUGCGUUGAAGAGCUACUCCCAGAAACAAGGGGUGUACUAUGAGCUUCAUGUUAUUUGUGGCGUGAAUCCUCAUGCGGUCAAGGGUGGAACUGCUGAUCUUUUUAAGAAAAAGGGCAAAUUUGAAUACUCCCACAUCAACUUUUGGGCAACACGCGAGGGAUCAAAUUCUGCUGCCACAGAUCCAGUACUGUUCUUCGCUGAAUGCAGCAAUGAUGAUGAAGAUGACAAGGAAACACCUCCCCUGUGUGUACCAGUAUUUAGUUCUUGGAUCUCUGAUGUUUGUUGCUUCCACUGCGAGUUUCUAGGGAAAAAAAUUGUUCACCCAUAUCAUGAAUCAUAUUAUGGGCGUUACGAGGACUUUGUUGGAAUGGCUCGUGGAGACCAUAGCAUUUGCAAUGAAGAAAGUAUCAGUGCAUGCGACUUCCAUGCUGAUAUGAUGUGCACAUUAAAAGAGGAUUGGAUCUUUUUUGAUCCCAACAUGGAUGCUAUGAUUGCUCGAGCGAAUCCCAUUAAGAAUUUGUCUACGGAGAUGCUGAAAUGGAAGAACAGAAUCUUUUGA